AUGCCGCCCCAGGGGAAACGCCUCGUGGUAUGUCUGGAUGGCACAUGGGUCAACAGCGAUCAGGGGUAUAAUCGCCCCACCAUUCAUGAUCCGAAUUAUACACUUCAAGUGCCGUCGAACGUGACUCGGCUCUAUCGGGCCCUGCGAAAGAAGGGUCUUGAUGGAAUGAGCCAAGUCGUAUACUACCACCCGGGUGUCGGUUCCUCGGGGUCUCUCUCAGAUGAACUUGCUGGAGGAAUCUUUGGUUCUGGCGUUGAUGAGAAUAUUAGAGAAGCGUAUAGCUUCGUCGCGACAAAUUACGAGCCCGGCGAUGAAAUCAUCCUCCUCGGAUUCUCCCGAGGUGCAUUUACUGCUCGUAGCGUGGCUGGACUCAUCACUGAAAUCGGGCUUCUCACCUCCAGAGGAAUGGAGUAUCUCUAUCCCAUUUUCAAGGAUACAGAAAACUUCAGAAACCCUGACUACAAGGACAAUUUUCCUACGAUACCAUUCCCCAACAAGCCCGUCGAUCAAAGAGAGUAUAAGCUACGCCUUGAAGAUAUGGAUAUCGCAUCAAGGUCCGCUGCGUCGCUGUUUUCGAAACAGUGGGAAGUCUCGGCAUUCCAGACUCAAAUCUAUCCAACAGUCUCAAAAUACCUCGCUCCACAAGAGAAUAAGUAUUCCUUCGAUCCACCUUAUCCCCAACAAAUAACUAACUAUUCAAUACAUGCAAAUGCCCUUUCCAACACAAUUGAGCACGCUUUUCAAGCACUAGCUCUAGAUGAAAUUCGCACAUCAUUUGCCCCAGCCGUCUGGGAACGACCUCGCGGUGUCCGCACCGAUCUCCGGCAAGUCUGGUUCUGCGGCGCGCACUCCAACGUCGGCGGUGGUCUCCCCGAUCAAGAGCUCGCCAACGUAUCCAUGGCCUGGAUGAUGGACCAACUGGCUGAUCUUGGUGUCGCCUUUGAGGAGGAUACAAUCGAUAGAAUCUUCCAAGAAAGUGUCUUGUACUAUUACGAUCAAGAUCAAGACGGGAGACAAACGAAUGACAGCCCCAAACACAAUCGAUGGAAACAAUGGGCGGUUGAUUCCAUCUAUGAGGAGCACAGGCCUGUACGGCCAUGGGGUCUGGGUGAAAUUAUUCAACCGGACACCGGAUUUUACAAAUUAGGCGGGAAAACGACUCGCACUCCAGGAAUGUACCGUCGUAUCGAUCCGGAUACUGCAGUUCCUACACAUGAGUUCCUGGAGAAUACCAACGAGCGCAUUCACCGAUCUGUUCGGAUUCGACUCGCCCUCGAGGGGUUGAACUAUGAUGAUGUCGGUCUGUACAAGUGCCGCGCUCUGUUGAGAAAAGGACCGUGGCUACUUCAGAAAGUGCGGAUUAGGUCACACCGGGAGAUACACGAUCGAGAUGGCUAUGGGGAUGAGAAGGAUGUUGUUCAGCAGAAGGAUGAGUUGCGGUGGGGAUGGGUGUAUGAUGGGCCUGCAGAGGAGAUGCCUCCCUCUGUGAUCAUGCUGGAGGAGGUGUUGGGCCCGUAUGAGAAGCAGCUUCUUGGUCUUAACAAGGGUACGUCUGCGCCAAUGCUUCUCGGCUUCCGAGAAUAUUGA